AUGCUUCCACCUGCUGGCGUCACUCAUACUUAUACGGUUCGUACUAUAGUCACUUCUGAUGGAUGGCGCGAAGAAACAACAGGUAUUUUGGCUCUCCGAAUGCUUGUAAACCCUUCUGGUAAUGGAUAUGCAGUCUGGACUUCGAGUAAUGUCCGUGGUACAGAUGCCAUAGGAUAUGGCGAAUAUUAUUCGGACGGUGGAUAUGCGAUGGUUCAGAUACAAGAAGAUGAUUGUAUAUCUGUCGAUCUUAAAUCUAUACGUGUCAAUUGUACAGAGUGGAUACCAGUCUAUUCAUUCGCCUACAAAAUUCGAUGUAUUACUGAUGAAGUAGAUGUGACAUCCACGCUGUACGCUCAGAGUACAGAUCCUAAUUCGCCUGCUCGCAUGACAACGUUACUGAACUUGCCGGACUCUAGUACCGUCAAAUCAGUACUAGACUUUUUGAAUAAAACUGAAUCACGUCCAUUUCCUAACGUUGUAUUUUGCUGAGCUAGAUUUUGGUUAUAUCAUAACCAAAAUCUAUAUUUUCUCCAUUGUUUAUCUAACGUUUUAACCAAUAAAAUAUGACACGAUUGAUUCUAUGCAGGUUUUUAUUAAAAGAAAAUUUCUCACCAAUGUAAAUAUAUGAUCAUCGGUCGGUUAAAUUGAGUAUUACAUGUAGAUUUUUAGUCAAAAAAGCUGUUAGCGCAAUCCCUUGCGGGAUUAAAAAUGUGAAACACGAUGUAGUUGCUAUAGCCAAUGUUCUAAAACCUGUUGUUUUUUAUGCAUACUGAUAUACAUUUUUCAUAAUGGUUUAUCUUACAAUAUAGACUUUCAACAGGAUAAUACUCAAUAUAUGCUUCAAUCAUAUGUGAGUUAUGCAUCAUUUCUGAUAUUUCC